UUUGGGUGUUCGGUGGUGUGUGGUGGUGUUCGGUGGUGAAAAGACCGACCCUCUUUUAUCUACUUCCGUUUAUUUAUUUUUUUUUAUAAACAGCAGGUACAUCAAGAAUUUGUAUAGUACUAUACAAAUCCUUGGGUACAUGUAAAAAAUUAAGGAAUACAACAAGAAUUUAAAAAGAAAAGAAAAAAAAAAUGCUGGCUCAAUUUAUUCCAUUCAAAUAUUUUUUCAAGAACUUGCGUCAGCAAAACCUAGUCUCAACAGUUAUUUCAUAACAACGUGAUAUUCUAAAGUUAACAUUGUAAUGUAAUGUACUAUGACUGUGGGCAAAUAUAUCUUUCAGGGUUAUUUCAUCACAAGAGCUAAACCGUGUACAGAUGCAUGUAUAGUCAUUUAUCCAUAUAAAAUUAUAUGUUAAUUCGACUGGCAGAAUUAGACGUCGAUAGUUUUAUCAAAAGAAAAAUUUAAGCGGUAUACACGGUCACAGACAUCCAAUAUGUUGAACUCAGUUGAUGUAAAUAACCUUCAAGAGCAUUCCACUAAUCCAAAAACUAAUGAUGAAAAAGAAGGUCGUCUUUCUAAAAGACUUUGUUAUAUCUUAAGAUAUGGAGCCUUGAAAGAAGGAUUGGAAAUUUCUGGAGGAGGUUUUGUUGAUGUGUCUCAGGUGAUGGGAUUAGAUAUGAUGAAAUACCACUCUCUUGAAGAUGUUUUACAAGAGAUAGAAACAUCCAUAUCUCAUAGAGGUGCCAAGAGAUUUGAAUCAAAAAUGGAAAACGGCAAAACUUUAAUAAGAGCAUGCUUCUGUCGUAAUUUUGAACUGAGCACAUAUCAUGAAGGUUCUAAUGUACCAACACUACUGGCUAAUUGUUUAGACCAUAUAACUUCUAAUAUAAAUAUGUAUGACCUUGAAGAUUUUCCUGAUGAGUAUUUAAUUAAUAAGAUGAUUCAUCGACUCAAACGACAAAAGAAAUUGAACAAUUCAACAUUACGACAGUUACUUGUUCCUAUUUUGGAACACCUUGACCUUGAUGGUGUGUAUGUAACAGAGGGCACUAUAAAAUUAAUAUGGAGGUCAUGCCCUAAUCUGAAGGUCAUUAGUUUGAAAGACUGUGGAUAUGUUACAACAGACAAUUUAAUGGAACAAUUACUGAAGAAUCUGCCAAGCUUGGAAUCUAUUAAUUUGUGUGCAUGUAAACAUUUAACAGACAGAACAUUGAAGGCUUUGUGUAGAUACAGUAAAAACUUGCGACAGUUAAAUCUGAGUUGGAUACGGACCAUGUCUGAAAAGGCGAUAAUAGAUUUAAUGAUUAAAUGCACACAACUAAAACAUUUAGAUAUAUAUGAUCAUAAGAUAUCUCCAGAAGGACGAAGAUGCAUGGUUGAUAUUGCUAAACCUCAGGGAUUGACUGUUGUAUUGAAAGGAUUAAAUGACCAAGAAGUAGCACCAGCAAACCCUUGCUUGAUGUUACCUAAUUUUGGAUUAACAUGGUAAAGGAGUUUUGAUAUUUGAUUUUAAUACGACCGCAAAAAAAUUUUUUGGGAUCGCAAAAUGGUAUGAUGCAGUCGUCGUCCGAAGACACAUUGGUUUCCGGACAAUAACUUUAGUUUAAGUUAAUGGAUCUCUAUGAAAUUUUUUGAGAAGGUUCAAUACCACAAAAGGAAAGUUGGGAUUGAUUUUGGGGCUGAUGGUCCCAACCGUUUAGGGAUUAGGGGCCCAAAAGGGGCCCAAAACAAACAUUUUUCUAGUUUCAGGAUAAUAACUUGUGUAUAAGUAUUUCGAUUGCUCUGAAAUUGUACAACAAUGUUUAAUACCACAAUUAGAAGGUUGGGAUUCAUAUAAGGGGUUAUGGGGCAAACAGUUUAGGAAUUAAGGGCCUAAAAGGGGCCAAAAACAACAAUUUCUGUAGUUUACGGACAAUAACUUGUGUGUAAGUGUAUGGAUCUCUCUGAUAUUGUACCAUAAGGUUCCAUAUCACAAGGGGAAGGCUGUGAUUGAGUUUGGGGGUAAUUGCCUCAAACAUGUAGGAAUUAGGGGCCAAAAAAGGGCCAAAAACAUGCAUUAUUCUAGUUUCCAAACAAUAACUUGUGUUAGAUGUGUAUGGAUCUCUCUGAAAUUGUACUACAAGGUUCCAUACUACAAAGGAAAGAAUUGGAUCGAGUCUUGGGGUAAUUGCUCCAAGGGGGAAUCCAAAAGUCG